GAGCGAGCUGAUGUGUGAGCGAUGGCACACUGACUGGCAUCACAUUGGGACCAUUUUUCUGUUCUCACUCUUCAUACUAGAAUUGAACUGGUGGAGGUCUGUACUGAAGGGGUUACACAGAAGUGGAAUGAUGAUAGGUCAGAACUGAACUGGGGAUUUCCAAAAGGAAACCAAUUUUUUUUUUUCUCUGUGUGUUUUCUGUCAACUUGUGGGAGAGGGACCGACUCAGAAGAAGGACGAGAUUAAGCACAGGGUGCUUUCCACUGUUAGUAAAUCGGUAAAGUCUGAAAGGCUUGACUGAGCCCGGGGUAAAGCUGCCUUCUGCUGAGCUGCACCAUUCACUUCGUCUCCCUUGAUAGAAAGUACCAGCCCCUGCCAGGGGUUAGUACAGACUUGGCGAUGGCUGUGGAUGAAGCUGGGUCCGAAGCAAGUGUCUCGAUUUGAUUUUCAGCCCAACCCUGUUAUGCCACAACCGUUUUCUAAAAGCGUGUCCAGAGACCGUUAAUGGCGGCGGGAAGUGGUUCAGAGAGGUCAAAGCCGUGCUUGUACCGACCUGUGAAGGAGGUUCCCACCAGCGCCUCCUGUAGGCCCCACCAGAUCCCGGGAGGCGAGCUGCCCGAUGGGGGCUACUCUGAAGAGUUUGUUCAGGCCGUCGACAACAAGUACAGAUGUGAGCAUUGCCAGCGGGUGCUACGCAAUGCCAAGCAGACCGAGUGUGGGCACCGAUUCUGUGAAAGCUGCCUCAACGCCCUUCUCAGGGUUCCUGGUCAGGUUUGCCCAGCUGAUCAACAGCCUCUGGACAACACGGAGGUGUUCAACGAUAAUUGCUGCCGGAAAGAAAUCUUAAAGUUGCUGAUUCACUGCAGGAACAGGAAGGCAGGUUGCCAACAGCAAACGGCCCUGGGAUCUUUGGAGGCUCAUUUGAACAGCUGUCCCUUUCAGACAAUCCAGUGCUCACGUUGUCCUGAGAUGGUGCAACGACAAGAGCUGAGUGAUCACCUAAUGUUCAAGUGCAAACAUAAAGCAGUGCAGUGUAGACACUGUCAGAAGGAGAUGACAGUAGCCGAACUAAAGGCACAUGAAGAGAGUGAGUGCCUAUCUUCUCUGGUCGCUUCUCCAAAACCCUGUGGGGCGCGUGGUCACAGGACUGAGCUCAAAGGUCCCAUGUCAGAGUAUCUCAAGGCUGAGGGGUGUUGCAAAUUUAGCAGCUACGGGUGUACGUUUAAGGGAACAAGUCAAAGGACCAAAGAACACGAAACACAGUCGGUGGAGCAGCACUUGCUGCUGGUGCUGCUAAGAAACAAGGCCCUGGAGGAGAAGGUCUCCGAACUCGAGAGCGAGAUCAUAGAGAAACACAGUGUCUUACAAAAGCUGGCCGGUCAGAUUCCGAAAAUGGAGAAGGAAAUGUCUUUGACGAACCAAUCGGUGAACAGAAGUGAGAUCAAAUUGAACCAGUCACAGAAUAUUAGGAUAAUAAUGAACUAUCCCUGGUUAUUGAUUUCAGAGUCAGUCGAACAGCAAGUUGCCCAACACGAUAACCUGUUGAGUGUCCACGAGGUGCGACUUGCUGAGAUCGAUCUCCGCUUUCAGCUGCUGGAGACAGCGAGUUAUAACGGGCGACUGAUCUGGAAAAUCCGUGACUACGCGCGGCGGAAGCAGGAGGCGGUAUCUGGGAAGACCCUGUCCCUGUACAGCCAGCCCUUCUACAGCAGCUCCUUCGGCUACAAGAUGUGUGCCAGGGUCUACCUGAACGGCGAUGGAAUGGGCAAGGGCACCCACCUGUCGCUGUUCUUCGUGGUGAUGCGCGGUGAGUACGACCCCCUGCUGCCCUGGCCGUUCAAGCAGAAGGUGACCCUCACUCUCCUGGACCAGGGCCUGGCUAAGGCCCACGUGUCGGAUACCUUCAAACCCGACCCCAACAGCUCCAGCUUCCGCAGGCCUCAGAGCGAGAUGAACGUGGCGUCCGGCUGCCCGCUGUUUGUGACUCAGACCGUGCUCGAGAACGAGAUGCACCACUACAUCAAGGACGACACCAUCUUCAUCAAGGUGACUGUGGACGUGUCGGAUUUCCUGGAGCUCUGAACCCCCUGUGUCUCUCUCGCCUCGGCCUGCUCCCAAUUGUGCAAUAGCCCCAGGGUCAAGGGCAGUAGAUCCCUUCAGGAACCUGCUGUUAACAGAGAAAGAUCCGCCUGUGAUCUGGGGCCAGAACAGUAACUUAUGGAACUGUACUAAUUUCCGUUGUAAAUAACAUUGGAUCUACAAAAAAACUAGUUCAUAUAAUAAUAUAUAGACAUAUACAUCAGCACACACACAGACACACACAGACACACACAGAUAUA